ACUUACAAAACCCUAAUUCCCCCCCCAACCUCAUUAACGCCAUAUUUUGCAGGAGGGAGGGAGGGAGUGAGUGAGCCACUUACUCCAUUACCUAUCUAGCUGCUGCGAAGUUUUUCUUCUUCAGAAUUUGCUUCUAAGAAGAAGAGCUUUUUGCAGCAGCUACUACAUAUAUUGUAUAUAUCUCUAAUCCAUUACGAAUUACAUAUAUAAUAAAUAAGAAAUGGCUCGCGCUUUAUCAGCUGGUGCUAUGUUUGUUUCUGCUUCGUUUUCUCGUCGUCCUUCUCUCUCAAUCUUCCGGAAAGGUUACUCAGCUGUGUCACACGGGGUUGAGACUGGCAGGUCGGGUCGGGUAGGGUCCAAAAAUCCUACGGUGAGGAAGCCCGAAGAGAUGGCUAUGAUGAAGGAAGAGUCUGGAGCCUCCUCAGCUUGGGCUCCGGAUCCAGUGACGGGAUACUACAGACCUGAAAAUCGUGCGAUGGAGAUCGGCGCGGCGGAGCUUCGGGAGAUGCUUUUGAAUCAGAAGGUGAAGUAGCAGUAGCAGUAGUAGUGUUGGAUAUUGAUGAAUUCGUUCUGAUUUUGGGGUGUUCUCUUGAUGAUUCUCUGUUUGUUUCUUUUUUUAA